UAAUGUGCGGGUUUGAAUCCUCUACCCUGCGUGACGGUGGAUUUUUCAGUGCGGGGAGGGGAGGGGUCCUCGCUUCCAGCGGCAGCCGGGCUCGUAAAGAACGGAGGGGCAGCGCCGCGCCGUUGUUCGGCGUACGUGCCGCCGCACACAGACGUCAUUUUUGGGGGGAGCGGAGCGUUAAGAUGAAGGCACGCACGGUUCACAGCAGCGCGGCACGCCGCCGUCACUUUUAACGCAACGCGGCUCCCCUUUCGGACGGCACGGGUCACAGCAGCGUCCAUGUUCAACACGCACACUCCUCCGCGUUAGCAUAAUGGCUACUGCCGAGCAGCUCCGGAGAACGGCGGCCAAAAAGCAGCAGCUCCCCCGCGGCGAAGACGCCACCCAAACCGUCCGCCUUCUGGACUCUCCCAGUCGGAAAAACGACCUAAAAGUCGCCGGUAACAUAAACAACGGAACGAUAACGGAACGACUAAGUCUGCCGUCGAACUACAAAGAUGAGGGACCUCCUUGACACCUGUUGCGUGAAUGCUGCGCCUCCCCUGUAGUCCACGGCAGCGAGUGCGAUGGCGACCUCUGAACAGGUCACAGUGUCCGUCGGGGAUGUGAUGAUGCUGAAGUCCGAGGGUGAUGGGGACGCUGAAGACCCGAGUAAGACCCAGGUCAUCCUGCAGCUGCAGCCUAUCAGCACUGGGGACGAGUCUGCUGAAGCAGACGCAGCUGUCAUAGCGGUCGAAUCUCAGUCAGAUCAAGCCGAAGCCAACGACGUUGAAAUCUGCUGUCCCAUAACGUGCGGCGACAGCAAAGCCGUGCUGCUGAUAAAGAAGUUUGUGUGUCCAGGAAUCAACGUCAAAUGCGUCAAGUACCAAGAUCAGCUGAUCAGUCCUAAACAGUUUGUGCACAUGUCAGGAAAAGCCACUCUAAAAGACUGGAAAAGAGCCAUCAGAAUGGGAGGAGUCAUGCUCAGAAAAAUGAUGGACUCGGGUCAGCUGGACUUCUACCAGCACAGCACCCUCUGCACCAACACGUGUCGCAGCACCAAGUUUGACCUUCUGAUCAACAACACACGCUUCCCCCCUGACGGCCUCACCACGCCCACGUCCUCUCAGGCGCAGAGCAUUCUGGGUAAUGGCGGGGCGUUGAGCGAGGACAGAUCUGACAUCCUAAAGACAGACUGGAGUUACAGCCCUGUGGAGUCUGGAGACAAGAAAGGAACCAAUGAGAUUUCAGAAGACACGCUCAACUUCUGGAAGGGCAUUGCAGAUGUGGGCUUACUGGAGGAGGUGGUGACCAACAUAAACACGGAGCUGAUGCAGAUGCUGAAUGGCGUGCUGGAGCGAGCUCACGAACCCCCCAUACAAGACGCAGAUUCCUGUCUGGUAGAGGUGGCCGUGCUCAGUAACCUCGCACAAGUCUUCGACCUGCUGGACUCCGUCAAGAAGAUCUUGGAGAGGAGGAGGCAGCAGACGGACCCGAGCCAGGAGCAGGUCCUCAGCGUGCUCUCCAAUCUGGAGAUUCAGCUGGAGGAGCAGAGGAAGCAGCAGCAGGUGCGAGCUCUCCUCUCCUCACCCCACACGGCCAAAAGCAAAACCCCAGUCAAACGGUCCACCAAGAGGCCCCGCCUCCACCGGCCCGCCUCCACCACCACCCUCCUAUCGUCCCCCGUCACGCAGCAGGCGGCGCUGCAGCCGCAGCAGUUCACCGUGCUGUCCCCCAUCUCGCUGUCAUCGGUGGGGCAGCCUUUCACCGUGGCGGGGCUGCCCCUCGCCUCGCUGGCCCAGUCCUCCAACACCGUCACUCUGCUGCCCGCCGGCUCGCAGGUCUUCACCCGAUACAUGGUGGCCGGAGACGGGAAGGCUGACACCAUCACCCUGCACCCCUCCUCAGGCAUCACGCUGGUGGGCACCACCGCCAUUCAGGACUCGAACCAGACAUUGGUCAGCCCCAUGGAGCUGGUCCACCUGAGCCAGCAGGCGGGCGACGCGGAGGUGCAAGACGGCACCGUGCUGGUGCAGCAGGAGGUGAUGCAGGGAGAGGGGGAGUCCAACCAGGAGCACACAGUCAUCGAAAUCAACCCCAAUCCUGUGGAGCAGGCGGUGGGGAUGAUGGAGCUGCAGCUGGGCGGGGAGGCGGGCGAGGACGCCGCUGCCAUGGUGAUGCAGAGCGGGAUGCAGCUGACGAUGGGCGCGGAGGCAGGCGAGGCGCAGUGCCAAAUACAGGAGCAGCAGACCGAGGGCGUCCCGGGGCUGCAGCUGGACGCCAGCGGGGCGCUGUCGGGGAUGCAGAUAGUGGUGAUAGAGGAGAACGCUCAGGAAGAAAACGAGGUCAAGUGAGGAUGCCUCUGCUUCUGCAGGGAUAGACAAACACUUCAUUGAUGCACAAACACCUCAGACUGCGGCGCGCAAACGCAGCAAAGGAGCUCUGGCUUCACGACUCUGCUCUAAAUUUGUCGUUUUGUCCGACCAGUAAAUGAUAGAAAAAACAAAAGAACUGAUCCUUUUUUUGAUGAGGUUUGUGGCUGCAGACUGAAUAAACAAAACAAAAAAUGACUCCGCCCUGCCCCAGCAGAGCCUUCAUGCUGCAUUUGCUGACCCUGGGAAAUGAGGAGACUUGAGAAUAAAUCUCCUCGUUCCAGGUCAGAUUAUAAUCCCAUAAACCGGCAGCACGCCUUCAUCUGUCGGAUUGAGAAAUUUUAGAGCAAAGUUGUGACGAAGCUCCAUUUCCCUUCAAGCCUUCACAAGCAAACACAGUGAAUGUGAAGUGGGUGGGGCCGCAGCGACGUGCUGGUUGACCCCCAUCCCAUCCCUUCAUUACCUGAAGCCGUGUUGGUGUUCCUGGAAGUGCAAAGGAAGGAGGGAGGGGGGCAUCGCUCCACUGUUUUUGCGCUGCGUGCCGUUCCUACAGGACCUCAGCGGAACUGUGUCUGUGCUCGCUCUGCCUUCACCAGAGCAGAGGAUAAAACAAACUGCAUCCGCUCACAUUUGCCUGUUUUUCAUGUGUAAAUGAGUGAAAUAUUUAUUAGUUUUCAGACUGUAGAGAUGGAGCCGUUUACAGAGCCAACAUGGAUUAAUUUAAGCUCUUAUUAUUGUACACACCAACACAGACCUGACUUGUGCUUUUGCAAUAAUUUAAUUUAACAAAGGAGAAUAUUUGCUGACAGAAUUUGUAAUGUUUUAAUAACAGAUUAAAGAAACAGUGUUGUUUUGGUGUUUCACCA